GAGCUUCCGCGUAGCUGGGCGGCCGGUACUUGCGUUGAAACGUGACUGUGAGUGACCCCCACCUUAAAGGGGAGGGAGCCGCGGAGAACCCGAGCCCUUUAAGACAAAGCGGGCUGGGGCCUGCCCCUUUAAGGGCGUGGCGUCCGACGGCUGAAUCUGAGCCCCAGAUUACCUUGAGUUUCCGUCACGGGCAGCGAGGAGCAGCUCCUAGGCUGGGUCCGGGUGCUUGGCGGGCGGCGGCGGCCUCAUCCCCGCUCGUCCUCCCCGGACCCGGAGACAGCCCCGCCCCAGUCAUGCUGAGCAGAGUAUGGAAGCAGCUGACUACGAAGUGCUAUCCGUUCGAGAGCAGCUGUUCCACGACAGGGUCCGCGAGUGCAUCAUCUCAAUACUUCUGUUUGCAACGCUCUACAUCCUCUGCCAUAUCUUCCUGACCCGCUUCAAGAAGCCUGCUGAGUUUACCACAGUGGAUGAUGAAGAUGCCACAGUUAACAAGAUUGCGCUGGAGCUGUGCACCUUUACCCUGGCAGUCGCCCUGGGUGCUGUCUUGCUUUUGCCCUUCUCCAUCAUCAGCAAUGAGGUGCUGCUCUCGUUGCCAAGGAACUACUAUAUCCAGUGGCUCAACGGCUCCCUCAUCCAUGGUCUUUGGAACCUCGUUUUUCUCUUCUCCAACCUGUCUCUCAUCUUCCUUAUGCCCUUUGCAUAUUUCUUCACAGAGUCUGAGGGCUUCGCUGGCUCCAGAAAGGGUGUCCUGGGCCGGGUCUACGAGACAGUGGUAAUGUUGAUACUCCUCACUCUGCUUGUGCUGGGCAUGGUGUGGGUGGCAUCAGCCAUUGUAGAUAAUGACAAGGCCAGCAGGGAGUCACUCUAUGACUUCUGGGAGUACUACCUCCCCUACCUCUACUCCUGUAUCUCCUUCCUCGGAGUGCUCCUGCUCCUGGUGUGCACUCCACUAGGUCUUGCCCGCAUGUUCUCCGUCACUGGGAAGUUGCUAGUCAAGCCCCGGUUACUGGAAGACUUGGAGGAACAGCUGAACUGUUCGGUGUUUGAGGAGGCAGCUCUGACUCGAAGAAUCUGCAAUCCCACCUCCUGCUGGCUGCCUUUGGACAUGGAGCUGCUGCACAGACAGGUCCUGGCUCUGCAGACCCAGAGGGUCCUCUUGGAAAAGCGGCGGAAGGCUUCAGCUUGGCAGCGGAACCUGGGCUAUCCUCUGGCCAUGCUGUGUCUGCUGUUGCUGACGGGCCUGUCUGUGCUUAUUGUGGCCAUCCACAUCCUGGAGCUGCUCAUUGAUGAGGCCGCCAUGCCGCGGGGCAUGCAGGAUGCCUCCCUGGGCCAGGUCUCCUUCUCUAAACUGGGGUCCUUUGGUGCCAUCAUCCAGGUUGUGUUGAUCUUUUACCUGAUGGUGUCCUCGGUCAUGGGCUUCUACAGUUCUCCACUCUUCCGAAGCCUGAGACCCAGAUGGCACGACACAGCUAUGACACAGAUAAUUGGGAAUUGUGUCUGCCUUUUGGUCCUAAGCUCAGCACUUCCUGUCUUCUCCCGAACCCUUGGGCUGACUCACUUUGACCUGCUGGGUGACUUUGGACGCUUCAACUGGCUGGGCAAUUUCUACAUCGUGUUUCUCUAUAAUGCAGCCUUUGCUGGCCUCACCACACUCUGUCUGGUGAAGACCUUCACUGCGGCUGUGAGAGCAGAGCUGAUCCGAGCCUUUGGGCUGGACAGGCUACCCUUGCCUGUUUCUGGUUUUCCCCGGGCUUCCAGGAAGAAACAGCACCAGUGACCUCCUGCUAGGGGUUGAGAAGGAGAAAACUGGACACUGCCUAGUCCUGGAGGCAAGCCAGGGUGGUUGGACCUCAGGACCUGGAAUCUGAGAGGGUGGGUGGAGGAGGGAACUGAACCACCUGAACUGCUGUAUAAUCUGAGCCAGAGUUUGGGACCGGCCUCCUGCCUUUUCAGAUGUAGCUGUGGCCUCAGUAAGAGGUGAGCUGAGGGACUGGCUCUAUCUAGUUCCUGGUCCCAAAUCCGUUUACACAUCAAUCUGCCUCAAUCCUGUUCCAGGCCAUGCCUGAAGCCUUGUUUACAUAAUGAUGUGCAAUAGGGUGGGUGGGAGUGGGAAGAGCUAGGCUGGGCUGGGGUGGAGACCCUGUCUUCCUUGCCUCUGGCCCAGCAGAGCCUAAGCACUGUGCUGUCCUGUGGAGGGAGGGGCUUUGGACCACUGGAAAGACCAAGGUGCGGUGAGGGAGAGCUGCACCCAUCAGCAAUAAAGUUGAUCCCAGGGUUCUCUUGGUUUUUUAUAAA